UUUAUUAUGUUUGAAUAAUUACAUGAAGUAAAAUCUGCUUAAAAAAAAAAUUGAUGUGGUUAGAAUGGUUUACAUGGAAAUUGUUCCCGUAAUUUAAAAAACACUGGAACAUUGCCUUUUCUUAUCUUUCUGUUGUUUGUGUCUACAAGGCUUGGCCAAUCACAAUAAGACAGAUAAUUGUAGAGCAAAUUGACAAGUACAGGGGGCCUCUACAGUGAUUAUCAUCGGCAAUAUUUAUUUACUUCUAAUCGAAUUACUGUUUCAUCGUGGAUUGAGAAAGACCAUUUUUGAGACACUGCUACACCUGUGCAACUUAUUCCAUUGCUUAUAAUAGAUAUUGCGUCAUACGUAUCCUUCAUAUUUUUUGUGUUGAAAAAAAAUAAGUGUGAUUAUAUAGUACUACCUAUUGAAUUAUCUAACGAUCCCAACAAUUGCGUGCUUCAAAAAUGAUACCAGAUAACGUGACAUUGAUUGUGAAGGCUCCUAACCAGCAAAUUGAGGAUCAAAAUAUCGAAUGCCAGACAUCCUGGACUGUGAGGCAGCUAAAAGGUCACCUAUCGGAAGUUUAUCCAAGUAAACCGAAAACAGAUGAACAGAAAAUAAUCUACUCUGGCCAGUUGUUAGACGACAAUUCAGUGCUAAAGGACGUGCUCAGGAGCUAUGACUGUCCCAUCCCGCACACUAUGCAUCUAGUCUGUACUCCCAAGAACAAAAUGGACGUACCAGAACCGAAAACAGAGGGUCUGCGCAAUAGGAACGUGCCAGAACAGAGACAGGCGGAAGCCGCUCGUCCGGAGAUGCGGCAAAAUGACCAGAAUCACACGGUUGAAAUGCAGAACUAUUUGAGUUCGUUCGUGAAUAAUUACGGCAGGGUCCCCCCGUACCCGAAUUAUAAUUUCAAUGAACGAUACUUGCCAAUGCAGCAAGCGUACUUGCAGUAUAUGCAGCAGUAUGCGAAUUUAUGGCAGGCGCACGCGGCGCCCCCGCAGCCGGCCGCGCCGCCGCAGCCGCCACGGCCGGUGGCGCGCGUCGAGGAGGAGGGCCGCGAUUGGUUGGACCACUUGUACGCGGCGUCGCGGAUGGCCGUGCUGGUCUCGCUGCUGUACCUGUACGGCAGCCCGGCGAGGCUGCUGCUCGUCGUAAUCGUUGUGGCCGCGGGAUAUUUGCACCAAAUUGGCUUCUUCCGCGAGCUACUGGUGAACCCAAAUGCACCCCAAAACGAGAGGAACCGCGCACAGAACAGAGCACAACCUAACCGACCCCCUCAACCCCAGGAAAACCCUCAGGCGACCCCAACAACGCCCCAAGAAACCCCUCAAGACCCCCCAGAAGACGAUCAGUCACUAUUGGCCGUCACUUGGACGAUAUUCACCUCGUUUUUUGCUUCUCUCAUACCAGAAGCUAAUUAAACGUUAAAGAAUUACGUGUCAUUUAUUGCUGCUAUUGUGACGUCAUAGUUUAACUUUUUAUAAAUCAAAAUAUUAUUUACUAGCUGUUUGCCCCGGCUUCGACCGUGGUACAUAUAGACUAUGUCACUCAGUGAAGUUGCAGCUUUCUGAUGGUGAAAGAAUUUUUGAUAUCAGACCAGUUUUUGUGUAAUUACAUUACAAACAUACUUUCAUACAAAUCUUUCCUUUUAUGUGAUUUAUUCUUUAUUCAAAUUUUGUUAGGUGGUUGGUAUAGAAAAAAGAAAGUGAAAGAAAUCAGUCAAACAAACUUGAAUCUUAUUUGUGUAGAUUUAGGUAUUAAUCUCGUAUGAGGACUUAACGGGAUAUUAUAUGAAAAAAAUGUUCCACUUUCAAAAUACACCACAGUCUAUGGAAAUAUUAUAAUAAUAAUGACUAUAUUCCAUCAAACAAUUACUAUGAUGUUACAGUAGUUUAAUAGGAAUGUUUUAAAAUUAUUUGCCUAGCACCAGUGAUAUUAUAGAAGCUAUUUAAGGUUAUAUCUACAUUGUUAAUUUUGGUUUGGGAUUUUCCGAUGUUGGUUUUGUUACACUAAAUUAAAUUAAGCGCGAGUUGUUAACUUUGUGAAUGUUAAUAUUGUUUUAAUGUAUCGCUUGUAACGAUUUUUGGAUAAAUUUUAAUGUAAAUCUUAAACCAAAUAUUAAUUGUAAAUAAUGUUUCUAGUUUUAGUAUAGAGUCCAAAAAACUUUAGAGUCGGAAAUGUAUAUUUUAGGGUAAUUAUGGAAUACUUAUAUACUAAAUAAAAAUAUAAAAUUGUUUGGGGCUCAUUCGUACUACCACAUAAAGGUAAAAAACUUAAAGUGGAAUUUGUAAAAGUUUACACUGAUUAAUGUAGAUUUUAAAUCGGAAGCUUAUAUGCUAGUUCCCAUAAAUGUUAUUUUAAAUAUUAAAAUACACUUUUAAUUACUGACAAGUAUAUAGUAUGUAAUAAUAUGGGUUUUACGGGUGCCAGCUGAAGUGCAGAACUUUUUAAUAGAUCUAAAAAUACCUUAAUAUUUAAGUGUAUCGUUACCUAUGAGUCGGUAAUGUGAGUGCUAUUAUUUUGUACGAGUGACACGAGCUGCACUUUAGUUUUUAUCCAUAAAAAAUAACAUUCGUGUUUAAUUACUAUAACUCAGAUAACAGAGAACACUCAUUUGUUUCGUCGUUUUUUAUUUUGGAUAACAAAUAUGAAAAUAUUCUGAUACCCGAAUAGAUUUUGAAGAAAUCUCCAAUCUGACAGUGUACAAAAUUGUGAAGGCAAUCCAUCUGACAGUAUUUAUGAAUAUCUACUUAAAAUGUAUCAGAAAUGAUACGUGAAUGCGUUUAACUUGGGCUAUAUCAUCAAAAGUCAAUUACAUACUCGCUCUUGUGUCAUAUAAACAAUGGAAUGUGAUUGAUUUCUUUUUUGCUUUAAUUAAUAGAAAAAAAAUAUAUAAAAUACUUUAAGUAACAUUAGCAAAGAUUAAUAUAUCUUUUUUAUAGAGAACUACGAAUAAUUGGUAUCAUAGAUAUUAUAAUUUAUAGCAUCCAAUUUAAAUUGGUCUCAUUUUAAACUGUAUGUAAAUUAGUUAAUUGGUGUGAUGAUUGCUAUUUCGUAUACUGUAUUUCUUUUUUCAAAAUCAAAAGUCAUUUUUUAAACUAUUUAUCACGAUUCUACGUCAUACAAAGAUCAUCUGCAUUUCUAGAGUAAGAUAUUUAACGUUCAAGCAUGCUAUUAUAAAACCGAUAUGUACUGUGAUAAGAUAUUUUUGUUUGGGAUAACGUAAUAAAUUUUCGAAAUAU